GAUUGAUUUGAUCAGCCUUUCAUAGGAUCACUUAUUGCAGCUCUUCUCCAUGGAGUUGGUGGCUGACUAAACAACUUACGAUUUUGCUUUAAAUAGUUUGCUAAGUUCCAUGAGCUGAUUUCAGACUGAUCUCUGCUAACGUUUAAAAUGAACCUACCAUACAAAAGUCCUUUUGAGUUUCGUCUCUAAAUUCUCACAUGGCUGUCCCUUUGUGUGUCUCCCACCUGAAUCACUUUUGGUCUUCACUUCAUGCAAGUUUCUUCACUAGUUGCAGUUACUCAGUUAUAGAAACCCAUCAUCUUCUCCCUUAGUUAAUCCUCUGAUUAAGACAAUUAGAUUUCAUAAUAAUGACAUUAAUCGCAUCUUUACAUUUAGUCCUUUCCUCUCCCUCUAUCUCUCCUAUAAAUAACCUCCCAGAGUCUCAGUCUCUUCAUCCAUCACUUUGUUAUCUUUUCCCUGUUAACUAUUUGCAUGCCAAAAAAGAAAAAAUCAUGGCUGUCAGAAAUGUGCUUCUUCUUUUGGUCGUUGUCGGCCUCUUGGCUAGUGUAACUGCAGCAAGGGAACUACCCAGCUACAGCAAGCCAGGCCAUACAUUUGCGGCAAGGCUUGAGGCUAGUGGAGGCCUUGUUGAGUGCUGGAAUGCACUGAAUGAGCUGAAGUCAUGCACAAAUGAGAUUGUUCUGUACUUUGUUAAUGGCCAAACUGAUAUUGGCCCUGACUGUUGUCGUGCCAUUGAGAUUAUUACACGUAACUGCUGGCCUGCCAUGCUCACUUCCCUUGGUUUCACAUCUGAGGAGGGGAACAUUCUUAGAGGCUACUGUGAUGCAUCUUCUGGUCCUGCUGCUGCUACUGCUCCUCUUGCUGGCUCUCCAAUUAGUCCAAUGGUCGUGGUUUAAAGA